GAGGAAGUUCUAGAUAGGUUACGCUCAAGUCCAGUUAGACUCAGUGAGCUGCUUGUCUCGAAUCAUAGUCUCUGAAGAGAACGGGGUGCUGCUUUUCCACAGUCAUGACUCUUGGACUUCUUCUGCGCGUCUCCUGGAUUUGUUUUUUGCUGUCUGAAUGCAGUGCUGGAUUGCCAGCUCUAAGAUCUCCAUAUCCAUAUAAUGCUGACGUGCAUAACAUUGGUGAUGAUGGAGAAGAUCACUUGCUGAACUUGGAUGAGAUUGACUUGCAGGCUUCAGAUGACCAAGCUACUACGCCCAUAUACACAAACUACAUGACGCCUGCAGUUGAGCAAUGGUCAGGUUCACCCCAAGAGAACAUGCCUCAUACAGCUCGUGCUCAUGAGGUAGAAGGACUUAUUAAUGCUGGUUCAAGAGACUGGGGCCAGGAAAACGCUCACAUUCCACUCAUAUUUCCUUUAAACCAAAACUACCAGCUGAGUAAUCCAGUGAUGCUAAGCCAUGUCCAAGCUCAACUAAGUCACCGUAUGCCUGCAGCUCCAGCUAAUAUACUUGCUCUUCAGGCUAAUAGAGCUGCCUAUGAGCCUGCAUCUUCAACCACCUCUCCACCCACAAAGUCUCCCAGCUUUGCGUCUUGGCAGCCUGAGCCAAAUAACCAAGGUUAUGGUGUAGCUGGCCACUCUGGUGUAGCUGGCCACUCUGGUGUAGCUGGCCACUCUGGUGUAGCUGGCCACUCUGGUGUAGCUGGCCACUCUGGUGUAGCUGGCCACUCUGGUGUAGCUGGCCACUCUGGUGUAGCUGGCCACUCUGGUGAUGGUUCCCCAAACCAGGGCUCAAACUCUGGCGAUGGUUCCCCAAACCAGGGCUCAAACUCUGGCUCCAGUGGAGGUGGCUUCAGCAAUGUCCCUCAACUAAUCUUUGAAGAAGUCUUUUUAAAUACCCAUCUGAGAGAACUGGGCCUUCCAAUACAGCAGGAGAGGAUGGCCAAGCUAAUUCCAUGGGGUCUGCAACUGGCUACGUCUCAACACAAGGGGGACCCUCAUUCCCCAGUUACCAAAUGAAUGUAGGAGCCAAGCCUGUCUAUCCAUCUUGGAUGGGAAGACCCUUUUCUAGCUUCUCUGGAGGAGAGCGCCUUAACUUGGAUCAAAGAGACUACCAGCCACGUGAUGAAUGGAUGCAAAGAGUUGUGGUUAACCAGCAACUGAGUGAACCGCUGACUCCUCCAAAAUAUAUUGUCCAGUCCAGAAAUGGCUACCAGCGAGCCAGGUAUCUCCACACCAAUACCAAGUACUCUCCAGAAUUUCCCCAUCCUGUGCCCCAAAGGUCAAAGGGUUUCAAAGGUCAACCAGCUGCCCCUAGGUUCUAAAGAACCCUCAAAGAAUGAUGUGACCUCCUGAAGAAAAAAAUAAAGCUUUUGCAAUUUAAACAAUUUGCUGUGUAGCCUUUUAUUUCAAUGUGA